UAGCCCGGCCGCGGGAACGCCGGGGUCCGGGGAGACGCGGAGGCCCGGGAGGUCCCGGCUCUCGCCGCCGCCGCUGCCGCCGCCGGCCGAGCAAACAGGGAGCGGGAUCGCGGGGCUACGCGCGGAGCCGGCGCGGUCAUGGCCGACUACUGGAAGUCACAACCAAAGAAAUUCUGUGAUUACUGCAAGUGCUGGAUAGCAGACAACAGGCCUAGUGUUGAAUUUCAUGAAAGAGGAAAGAAUCACAAGGAAAAUGUGGCCAAGAGGAUCAGUGAGAUUAAGCAGAAAAGCUUGGAUAAGGCAAAGGAAGAAGAAAAGGCGUCCAAGGAGUUUGCUGCGAUGGAGGCAGCUGCCCUGAAGGCAUACCAAGAGGAUCUGAAACGGCUUGGCUUAGAGGCAGACAUUUCAGAGCCAAGUAGAUCACCAGUGACCAGCACUGUCCAGCCCACUUCUACAUCAACUCAACAGAAAGAGAAGAAGAAGAAAAAGGAAAAGAAAAAGAAAGACGCUUUGAAGGGUAGAUGGGUAGAAGGAGUAACGUCCGAUGGUCACUGUUACUAUUACGAUCUCAUCACAGGAGCAUCUCAGUGGGAGAAGCCAGAAGGAUUUCAAGGGAACUUAAAAAAGACAGCAGCAAAGGCCAUUUGGGUAGAGGGUUUAAGUGAAGACGGUUACACCUAUUAUUAUAAUACAGAAACAGGAGAAUCCAAAUGGGAAAAACCUGAUGAUUUCAUUCCACACACUGGUGAUGUGCCGUCUAGUAAGGAGAAUGAAAAGUCACCUGACACCCUAGAAGACUCCAAAUCGUCAGAUUCUCACAGUGAUUCUGAUGGCGAACAGAAGAAAGCAGGAGAGGCCUCUGUGGAAACAAAGAAACUAAUAAUCAAGUUUAAGGAAAAAAAUAAAAUUACUGAGAAAAAAACUGACCCAGAAAUACAAAAAGAAAAAAGUACCCCAAAACAGAAUCCAUCAAAUACAAACGAAGAAAAAUCCAAAACUCUUAAGAAAUCAACAAACCCUUAUGGGGAAUGGCAAGAAAUUAAACAAGAGGCCGAGUCUCAGGAAGAGGUCGAUUUGGAACUUCCAAGCACUGAGAGCGAAUAUCUGUCAACUUCAGAAGCCACUGCUGGAGAAAUCAAAGUGGUAUUUAAAGAAAAAACAGUCUCUUCUCUGGGAGUUGCAGCGGAUGGCGUGGCUCCCGUCUUCAAAAAGAGAAGAAUUGAAAAUGGGAGAUCUCGGAAUUUGAGACAGCGAGGUGACGAUGAGUGACUGUAAAGCCUUUCCCUUGACUGCUGUGGACAGAGGAGACGUGCCCUUUCCAAGCUUCUCUGUGUUUUGAGUACUAUAGUGCUGCAGUUUACAUUUAUGCUAAGUGUAUUUUAUGUGAAUCAAAAUAAAUCUUUUCAUGUGAAAUUUAUUUUUGUUCCUUAAAUGGAAGCCUACCACAUUGCAUUGUAAUACAGUGUAUUAUGUUCAAUGUCUAAAAUUGCUAACUAUAUGAUAAUUUAA